AUGCACUCGGAGUCGUGGAGCUGGUGCCUGAGCUCUAUGGCUCCUCAGGGAAGAGCUUCUGCUUGCUGGAGCCCGGGGCAGGCGGUGAAAGAACUUCAGCUACGCGGCACAGCUGGCGGCCGAAUCAACUGCUAUUCCUUGACGCUGUGGUUCCGAGUGCCGAACCUGCCCUUGAAAGCGGACCGGCUCAUUUUCCUGGACUUUCCGAGGCAGAGCAACGAUCCUCAGCAGUUCGACACGCCUGAGGAGGAGCAGAACACCGGCAAAAUCUUCAUUUGGAAGAAUGGCAUUGUUGCGCCAGAAGGUUGCCAUGAGCCCCGCGUACUCUCCAAGAAAAAGCGAAGGAACCAUGCCUCUCGCGGCACACCAUCGGCCAUGGCGGCUGGGGAGUGGCAGCUGAGAUUCACCAUCCAGGCUCAUGGAAAGGACGGCAAGGAGAGCAAAGCGGAGAAGUCUCGGGAGCCUGCGGCUUCAGCCGGCUCAGCCGCAGAGAUGAGCGCCGAGCCAGACGCUUUCGCUACGGCCCACGGAGCGGCAGCCAAUGCGGCUCGUGUUCUCACCUCCGAACCGUCUCAAGGCGCCGUCUCCUACACCGUGCAGAUCACCUGCGACUCCAACAGCGGGGCCUUGCGGGUGCGCCCGGCUCGGGGCAACCGCCUGGCCAGCGGCGGUUCAGGUGAAGAAAUCUUCACUGUCAUUAUGCGCCUUACAGAUGAGAGGCGGCGCUUGAUCAAGGAAGAGCUGGGUGGAAAGGAAGGUGACGUAGACUUCAUCAACAAGCGCCUGUGGAAGAAGCACGCGAAGUCGUUGGUGAGCAACCUGGGAAGAUCUUUCGAGUCGCUGGGCUUUUCAGGUGGCAAGCGUCACUUCAAGGCCUGCCUCUACCGAAAGCUCCGGGAGACGGGUGACGAAGCCAUUGUAGCUGUCCGACAAACGGAGGAUGCUGCCGCUGCCAUUGCAGACCAGAUCCGGAUUUCCGGUGUCUUGUCCCAGGAACCCGAAGCAAUGGAGGAUCGCGGCUUCGCAGGAGUGCCAAUCGUUGGUGACAUGGUGAUGCUGGCUCCUGACGCCAACGACACCUGGGGGCCGCUGAAAAACGGCGCUACCGGAGAGGUUGGCCAAAUCGACAACUAUGGAGAAGCGCUUGUCUUCACCCCAAAUCGCGCUGAGAACAACAACUGCUACUGGUACAGCUUCCGCGACAUUGUUCUGGCCAAGAAAGAUGGCAAGGAGGUCUCCAUGAUGUCCACGGAGGAGUGGCAGCAGAUGCCAUCAGUGCGUGCAAACUACGUGAAGCUGGAACCGCCGGGCCCUCCGCCGAGCCCCAUUCGACCUGGCAACCAGUGGGCGGCGCGAGGCCGCCUGGACGGCCGCAACUUGCAGCUGGACCUGGAGGGUGCAGGCGGUAUCUCUGUGGCUUAUGCGGACGCGAGUCUCAUGGUUGAGGAGGGGCAGGUGCCGGAGCUGCAGGGCACCUGGCGUGCCGAGGACGGCUCCCGCGGCACCUUCGAGGGCCUCAAGGUGUGCCGGGAGUCCCGCAUGGGCGGCAUUUGGCGCUUCGAGCUGCAGGCUGGUGGAGAUCCCAUUGAGCACGCCUGGAACGCGUGGAUGACAGCACAUCCUGCGAACUGCGAGGGCGAUGCUCGUGCAUCACACUUGCUCAAAGUCACUGGCGCUGCUUUGGCUGGCCCCGUCUUGUCUGAGAAGGAGACAGUGGAGAGCCACCCACAACUCGUGGGAGAGUUCAACUCUUUGACCAGGGCUUUGCGCUUGGAGCUGGCGUCAGAAGGUGAGAAGUGGCACGGCACUGUCUUUGAUGCCGAACUCGGUACUGACGGGGCACUUCGGGGCACCUGGCAGAGAGCCGCACUGUCCGGGCGUUGGAUCGCGCGGCACAUUGGCAAGAAGAACACCCAAGGCUGCUUCAAGCCUCAGGUGGACGAGGGUGGAAAGUGGGAUCCAAAGGCUUGUGUCGUGAAAACCAACCUGCAGAUGAUUACUGCACGGCCACAGCCUGGUGACAAAGUCAAGCUUUCGAAGGCUUACAAACAGUUCGAUGGAGAGGAUGGCUGCCUCAAGCCAGGUCAAGUCGGCACGCUCAUAGAGGAUGAUCGCACAAGUUGCCCAUUCCUGGUGGAGUACAAUAGCAGCUCGCAUUGGUACAACGACGGUGCCAUUGUUGUGGUCAAUAAGGAGGACAAAGAGCUUCUCACUCCUCUGGGAGACACGUUUGAAGGUAUGGCCUUGCUGCGCUUCCCUGUGCGUGAGGGCACUUGGUAUGCAGAGCUGGAAGUGAGCAAGCUGGGCAAGUCUCAGCCGGUGGUGGGAUGGGGCCUCCAGAAGAAGGGCUCCCCGAAGAUCGUGCGCUUGAUGGCGAUUGGUGGCAAGAGUGCGGUGAAGCUGGAUCUGGGUGAGGGGGCACCGCCCUUGAAGAAAAAGAAGAAGAAAGGUGACAAGGACGAAGAGGAGGAUAAGGAGGAAGGCGAGGACAAGGAGGAGGGCGAUGAAAAGGAGGGCGAGGAGAAUGAGGAAGCCAAAGGAGAGGCUGAGGAUAGCAAAGAAGGUGAUGGCAAGGAGGACGGCAAGGAAGAGAACGAAGAAGGCGAGGACGGAGGUGAGUCAAAGAACAAGGAGAAUGACGAGAACGAGGAGAAUGAUGAAACCGCUGAACACAAGGACGGUGAUGCAGAGAAGGAGGAAGAAGGUGAGAAAGAUGAAGACAAGGAGGGAGACGGAGAGGAAGGGGAGAAGAAAGAAGGUGAUGAAGAUGGUGAGGACGAGGAGGAGGAGGAGUUCAGUGAAGAAGGGCAAUGGAAAUAUGGAGAGUCCUUUGGAGCGGCGUGGAAGGAAGGCGACGUGAUCGGAGUCCUCUUCUCCUCCAAGGACGGCACCUGCAGCAUGUCCUUCUCAUUGAACGGAUCUUUCGCUGCUCCCAUGGGAGAGGCAUUCUCCAUCGAGCUGGACGAGGACUCGACCCUAGCCAUGGUAGCAGCUGCAGGUGACGAAGGAGAGAUGCAGGUGAACCUGGGCCAGCGCCUCUUCCAGACCACCCCCACACUGGAGAACGAGGUUCUCACCGUGAGAGGACUUGGAGAGGCGAUGAAGAUGCGCCCAGCAUGGAAGGUGCAGCUGCCCAAAGGCGUCAAGGCCUGGCCAGUCUUUGAGGAGCCGAACAGGACUUCGAAGGGCCGCAAGCCCCUGGAGGACAAAGCCGAAGUGGACCAGCUGCACUCCUCCUCGGAGAAUUGGGUCCAGCUGAUGGAAGGCUGGGUCCAGACCAGAAUGCUGGUUGCUGGAACGGAGUACGAGGGUCUCAAGCUGCGGCCGCUUUGGAGUCCAGUGGACCCUCCGCGGAAGAAGAAGGAGCGCAAGAAGCGCCAACAGACGGUCUACGCAACCUUUGACACUGAGUUCUGCGAGACCCGCAACUGGCAGUUCACAGGUACAGAUGUGGCUGUUGCACAGGGCGGGCCGGACCUUCUGGUGAGCGCAGAAGCAGCCAGCAACGGGAUCCUUCGAUGGCUCCUGAAAAUGGAGGAGGGCAAUGAUGCGGUGGAGGUGGGGAUUGUUCCGGUCAGUGAGGUUGAGGAGCCUGGCUACCUCUUCAACACCGGCCAGUGUGGUCUCAAGUCCGAGAGCGUCAGCGGCGGCGACGGCGGCGGAGAGCAGAAGCCGACUUGGCCAAUUUACAUGAAGUUUGUGGAGAUCAUUUGCGACGUCGACCGGAAGAAGGUGUCCUUCCACGUCGGGAGCAAGAAGGACAACUUGCAAGAGGUGAAGACCCUGGAGGUGCCCUACGACGAGGAAGUCCGGCUAGCGGUGACCGGCUGGAGCGGCACCCGUGUGCGCUUGGAGCCGCCUCAGAAGUGGAUGGGAGGAGACGAGUCGGAUUCUGACUCUGACUCCAACGCAGAGGAGGACGACCAGUUCGCCAACACAUGUGGGAAUGUGGUGCAGCCUUCCACCUGGCAUGUGGCCACCAUUUGCGUGGAUCUGGAGAAGCGGCAGGAGAUGCAGGUCAUCCUGGAUGGGGAGCAUCACUUGGUGGCCAGAGAUCCCAACCUCUUCGCACCGGAAGGGCUGUUCAGCAUUGAUCCGACAGAAGGACUGGUCCUAUUCGGCCGCCGCAGGGCCGGAAAGCUGGCCGAGAGGGAAUGGAGACUUGGGGGUCACAUGCGACAGAUGCGCAUGGAAUCGAAGUUCCUCUCCGUGGCAGAGGUGUGGGGCCAGCAACUGCCCAAGGGUGUCUGGGGCUGCCGGACCUGCGGCUCCCGCAGCCCGGCGGAUGUGCGGAUUUGCUGGAGCUGCCACACGGCGCGGCAAAAGAGCGCCGCAAGGCCGCCCAACGACGCUGAUCCUCGACAUGAGGGCCUCACAGUACUGGUGGCCGAUUCCUUCAAAGACUUGGUGCUGGAGUCAAAAGAGCACGUCUUCGUGCUCUUGUACGCGCCUUGGUGCGAGGCAUGCCAGGAGGUGAAGCCUCAUUGGAGAAAGCUGGCCAAGAUGCUCAAGGGGUCCAGCAACAUCCGCAUUGCCAUGAUGGACUCGGAUGAGAAUGAUGCGCCCAGCCGCUUCUUCCCCGAGUCCUUCAUUCCAAACGUCAAGCUGUUCCUGGCCGGAAAGAAGGGCAAGCCCUUGGCGUGCAACUCUCGCGAGAGGACCUUUGAGUCCUACGUGAAGAUUUUGGAAGAGCACACAAAUGUCAGCCUGGAGUCUGCAGCCGAGGAGUUCUAUCCACAGUACUGCGAAGUCAACUCGGUGCCCGCAUUGGUGGAGGAGUUGCGCCAGGCUGCCAUGAUACAGGAGCUGAAGCUCAUGCAGUGGAGAAGGCCUCCGGUGCAGACGCUGGCCUCCUUCCUGUACUCCUACCUGCUGGACCCCAAUGCGCAUUCCGUGGCCAUCACGCCCAUCGCGGACGCCAUCCCAGAAGAUGAGUCUCAGCUGGUGGCGGUGGAACCUACCCCACAGCCUCAGCCAGCCGCACCAGAAGCUGCCCGUCGGCUGUUGGCAACAUCACAAGUCGAGCCGCCAAGGUUGGUGCGGCACAUAUCGCAGCCGCCCGCUGGCGGACCCGCACCUGCACUUUCUCGGAUGGUGUCAGAACGAGCCCCACCCAUGCCAUUGAUGCUGAAUCGAGUCGUGUCUACUCCGCUGGAGCAGGUGGCAGACCCGCACAAGCUGGAGGAGGAGCUGAAGCGUGCACAUCUUUCAGAGUUGCUGGACGUGAAACUGCAAGCAGAGCUGAAGAAGGCGCAGCCCGACAACGUCAGAGACUUCGUUCGGGUCUUCUGCCUUCAGAUGGCUGCUCCAAAGUUCCAGCACCGGCUGUUCUUCAACGCCCGACUCGGAGUGUCCUGGCGAAGGGCGCCGGCGGCCACGGCUGUUACGGCCGCUGCUCGCAUCUUCCGCUGCGUGAGGCGCUGGGUGAAGCGGGAGCUGGCGCGCUUCGGCAAAGCCCCCCGCAUGGUGGAGCUGGCUUGGGCGGAGGCACGGGUCGCUCCCAUGACUGCUGCUGCGCUGCGGAGCAACUGGCGCCGGGUCGAGGAUGCCAUUUGCAAGGAGACCAGCCGGGAGGCCGGGGUCGCAGCGCUGCAAGUGCUGCUGGAGCGCGGCUUCGAUCCCAACGCGGCUCCCUUCGGGGUCUCGCCGCUCUUGCUGUCAGCCCUUGCAGGGAAUCUCCACGCUGCACAGUUUCUGUAUGUGCGUGGUGCAGACAUGCACCGAGCAGGAGGUGUGAGCCAGCAACAGCAGCUGCUCCCCAUUGACGGGGCAUCAGCAUGUGGAUAUUUGCGUAUGGCGCUCUUCUUCAGGGAGAACGGUUCCACCGGAGCCAGGGCUUUGCACUUUGCAGCUAGUGGCGGGCACCUGGAUGUUUGCAAGUACCUCCUGUCCACGGGCGUCAGCCCGGACUUGAAGGCGGACAAGGGGCUCUCGGCCUUCACUUUGGCGGUGCUGUCUGGUGAGUGCCUGGCAGCGCUGGUCCUUCUGCCGCACUGCUCUCCAGCCAACCUCGAAGAGGCCUUGCCUGGCGAGCUCUGCUGGCGUGUAGGUCUGGCCGGCGGGUCCACCGUGCUGCAUUUGGUGGCGCACUUGGGCGGAACCAGGGAAAGAUUACUGGCUCCGCUGCUGCAGCGCUGUCCAGCGCUCUUGAACCGAGCCAACUGGGCGCAGGAAAUUCCUGCCAUGCUGUCGCCAGCCAUGAUGCGGCCCACCCUGCAGCCGCGCUCGCUGCAUGCCUUCGAGGCCCUGGGCGAAUGCCCCGCAAGUGCCGGCGUGGAGGACCGAGUAAAGGUUGCCGUGGCAGGAGUCUUGGGAGAAGAUGCGAGCGCAACGGAAGAUCAGCUGAAAGGAGAGAUGUGCGUCAUUUGCAUGGAGGGCCCAUCUGAUGGUGAGACUCCAUUCAAGCGGCUAUACUGUGGCCACUGCUUCCAUCGCGGCUGCCUGGGCGGCUGGCGCGCUGAGGGCCAAAACGGCGCCUCAUGCCCUGCCUGCAGAAAGCCAUUGCCGGAGCCCACCGCUUCGGCAGAGGCGGGUGGCCCCACACUGCUGGAAAUGGCGGCCUUGGCCAACGACGCGGACUUCGCGUCGCUGUUGCUCUCUGUCGGUGCUGGUGGCAAGGCUUCGAAGAGUUCAGAAAUCACGUCCUUGAUGUGGGCCCACUGGCAAGGGGCCGAGGAUGUUGUGUCUAUCCUCACAGCCAAAGGAUGGCAGCUGACCAACAGCGAUCUCGAAGGCUUGCAGCUGCUCAGAAGCCUGCAGCGCCAAGCAAGCAAGCCACAGGCUGAAAAGCCUGCUGGCGCCUCGACUUCGUCAGAGAAGAGAAAAUCUGCCGAGGAGAAGGACAGAGACAAGGACAGAGACAAGGACAAGGACAAGGACAAGGAUGAGGAGGACGAGGAAGACGAAGCGGUCGAUCCUACAGUGUUGCAGCUCUUGGACGUGAAUGUGUCAAACUUGUGGCACCACCUGUGUGCCGUGAAGCACAGCGAAGCUGUGCUUGAGCUUCGGGCGAGGAUGGCGUUUAGCGCCAAGCCCCAGUCGGUGAUGACUUCAGAGCGACCAAGGGUAGAAGACCCUCAGACCAGCGCGGCCGAACUUUUGAAGGCCUGCAGAGCUGCGUUGACCAGCGCUGGCGAGUCUGUCGCAGCUGCUGAAGCUAGCCUCGAGGCAGCGAAGCUGUUUGCCCUUCGGCGAUAUGCUGAGGGGCAAUGCCAAUCCAUUGCAUCAGCAAUGGCUCUUCGCCUUGUUCUAGGAGCCAAGCCUGGCUCGGCGAGGCUUCUGGCGAAGCUGUCCGAGAGCUUUGUGGCGCUAUGCUCACAGGCACCUUUGCGCCCAGCAGAUGAGGAAGUGCUACCUCUACUAACACAGCUGCAGCUGGCAGUUGAAGCAUUGCCUGCCCAGCGCGGCGUACAGUUCCUCGGGUUGAGCUUGUCAACUCCAUCAGGAACGUUGAGAGAAGUCUUGGCGGGAGAGGUGGAGGGGUUGGCAGCUUUGCACCCCGGAAACCUCUUACUUUGGCGAGGCUGCGCGUCAGUGACCUCUGACCCCAUGCUGGCCAAAGAGGCAGCCCUGGAGAAGGGUGUGGCCCUUGUCUUUAAGGUCCGCAGCAGCUGCUCUCGAGAUGUAGCAGCGUACUCUUCCACUCCUGACCUCCGGGAGCGCUUGCUGCCUCCUCGGCGCUGCUUCCGGGUGGUGGGCAUUUUUGCCUUAGAGGACAUGAUCCUGCGGCGAGGCACGUCUUCUUCAGGUAAUUCGGCUGAGCUGCUCGAGGCCUUUGAGGUGCCCAACGUCGGCUCCUUGGGGUCCUUUGGAGCCUUGGCCUGGGAGGAAGCAUGUGCAAGGAAGGCCGCCUGUGUUGUCCUCGAUGAGGAGGACCAGCCGCAGGCAGCUGCGCUUGCAACCAAGAUCUGA